AGCAGCCAGUGCCAAGGCCAGCUGGGGACAUCACUGGAGCCAGGGGACAUGUCCAGAGAGCAGCAGGAGCAGCUCCUGGUGGAGCCCUGGCCACGCAGCUGUGGCGCUGGGGGCCAGCACCAAGAACCUUCACACCUACACAUGCAAGGGGCCUUAAAGCCGUGUGACAUGCUAUUUGUAUGCAAAUAACCCUGUGAAUGCAGAAGUCCAAAAAUAUUACUUUAAAGUCUGGUGUAAUUAAGUUUGCCAUGCAUUUCCCUGCUCCUGCAGCCCUGGGGAUCCUGCUGUUAGCGGGAAAAUGAAUGCCUGGGUGACAUCUCUCCCCCUUGCAUGGCUUCACUGGUGAUUUAUUUAUCUGCCCGUGCUGUGUUUUGUUGUCUCAGCAGUCUCUGCUGCUCAGGAGCGGCAAACACUGGGAGUCCAUUUAAAAAAACAACUCUUGUCUCAUUUCAGUAAUUUACUAUGCAGAGGUUUUGUGUUUUACAUAAUGGAUUAGAACCUGUAAUUUUGUAUUUUGAAUGCAUGGACCUAAUAACUCAAGUAAUGAAAGUCUAACAGGCUUGAGGAUGAGCCAUUAAUGAAACAGCAGUUUUAUGAUUCUCCACAAUAUAUUGCAAUAGUGGAUCACUUACAGAGCUGUCCUGUGCUGAUUUAUGAUGAAACUUGUUUGUGAUGUGGAGAUAGAGCCAUGUGCCUGCUCUGAAUUAGCGCUUCCUGGCCAUCAUUAACCAAUGGGAAUCGUAAUUGGUAUUUGUGGAGUUUGAAGCUGAGCACUGGGAAAGGCCAAUUAAGCACCAUCCAUGCUCAGGUACCUCAGUGAACCAGCCCUGCUAAUUUAUGCUGACUAAUUAUUAAAAAUUAGCUUGUUUUCUCUCAAGUUAGGAAGCUGGUGAAGAGGGUGUGUGGGAUGGUGCCCUCGGCGUGUGCCACCACUCCCCAUCAUGUCCUGGGCUCUUCCACCUCUGUCCUCUUGUCACACAGGGUGGUGUGGGCUGCUCUUGGAUCUCCUCCCAGUUUCAUCAGCCCAACACCUCUGGCUGUGGGCUGUGUUUCAGGGGUGCCAGAGGUGCCAGGCCCUGGUCCCUUAACCACCCUCACUCGGUGCCUUGUGCUCUGCAGUGGGACGGGAUGCUGUCACAAAUCCUGCAGCCAGGGAUGGUGUUUGCUUUCCCUGGCUGCUGCUGGCCUCAAAGCCACAAAGCCACUGCCUGGGGAUGUGCCUUGUGGGGCCACAGGGAGCUCCACAAGCCGAAUUCGGGCUGUGCCUGCUCACAGCGCAGCAGCUGCUGGUGCCACAGGGUGCUGCAGGGCAGUGGAUGCAGCAGAAGGGUGCUGGCCUCAUCCUGGCCACCACAACUCCCUGUCCACUCCAGCCUGGCAUUCCCUGCCUGCUCCCCACCUGCUCCCUGCCGGGAGCCAGGGGACCUCCAGUGCCGUGAAUCUGACAGCAGUGGAUUUGAUAGUUUACUCUAGUAACACAAGACCAAUUUAUAAAUCUUUCCAUCCCAUUAGUUUUUAUUUGAUUUGGAUGUUCAGAUGUCAAAGCAAAUGAUUUAAUUAGUGCUAAGCUGGGCUGCAGGGAUGCUGCAUUUCCCCCAGGCUGGUGCUCCUCGCCUGGCCUGCAGCCCAGCUCCCAGUGCCAGAAGCAGAUGGGUUCACCCAGGAGCCCAUGUGGAGCUCUUGGGCCUGGUCAGGCCCUGGGGGGGUGGCUGAUGCCCUGCUGGGCACAAGCCCCACAGCCCCCUGGGGCCUGUCCAUUGCUCCCCAAGGCUCCCUGUGUGGCACAGCCAUCACAUCCUGCAUCCUGGCACUGGAUAACACUCGUUACUGUGUGUGGGGCUGCCCGUGCCCCCGUCCUCUGCCCAGGCUCCCUGGGACUGGGAUGGACCUGGAAGUCGUCCAUGGCCAAGGUCCUCCACAGUGCUGCAGGAGGGAUCUGUGCCUGCUUUGUCCCACUGGGAGGGGACAUGUCCCCAGCCCCACGGCACAGCCACCACCUCCUGCCGCCUGUCCCGGCUCCUUCCUUACCAUCACCUUCUGCUUCGCUUGCAGGAGCCUGAUGCCACGAACCCUUGACAGCCAGAUCACAGUGGAGAAGACCCCCAGCUACUUUGUCACCAAAGAGGCCCCACGAAGGAUCUUCAACAUGUCCCGGGACACGAAGCUGAUCGUGGUGGUGCGGAACCCGGUCACCCGCGCCAUCUCGGACUACACGCAGACGCUCUCCAAGAAGCCGGACAUCCCCACCUUCGAGGGGCUGACCUUCCGCAACCGCAGCCUGGGGCUGGUGGACACCUCCUGGAACGCCAUCCGCAUCGGGAUGUACGCCGUGCACCUGCAGAGCUGGCUCCAGUACUUCCCUCUCUCGCAGAUUCACUUUGUCAGCGGCGAGAAGCUGAUCACGGACCCAGCAGGGGAGAUGGCCAAAGUGCAGGAUUUCCUGGGCAUCAGACGGGUCAUCACAGACAAGCACUUCUACUUCAACAAGACAAAAGGCUUUCCCUGCCUGAAGAAGUCAGAGAGCAGCGGCUUGCCUCGCUGCCUUGGCAAGUCCAAGGGCAGGACUCACGUGCAGAUAGACCCCGAGGUGAUCGAGCAGCUUCGGGACUUUUAUAGACCUUAUAAUAUCAAAUUCUAUGAAACAGUCGGGCAGGACUUCAGGUGGGAGUAAGUGUCCGGGAGCAGAGCUGCAGUGACAUGGAGCUGCAGUCUUCUGUGAGGAGGGCCCGAGGGGCUGGAGCCAGGACCCCCCUCAGCCCGUGGAGAAUUGUGAGCAGAGGCAGGCAAGGCCUUUCCCCAUGGCUCAGGAGUCUGCAGCGCUCCGGAGAGAAGCAAGAUCGGGAAGAGUCAGUCCUGCUGCAGGCAGCAAGCCGAGGGAUGAGUGCCCAGCAGCACUGCCUGUCCCAGCGGGUCACGGUGUCCUCCGUGGGGUCCUGUGUGCCCUUAGCACCACGUGGUCCCCAGGGUCACAGACGGCCCCAGCCUGUGUUCAGGCUGCUGCAAAGCACAUCCCUCUGUGUCCCAGAGCAGAUGGGUGCUCCUGCACGGUGGGACUGUCCCUGCCAGCCCCGUCCUGGGCGGGCACAGCUGCAGCCACUCCACUCUGCCUUUGUCACUUGCCAUGUGUACCCAUGAGGACAGAGAGAUGUAUCUGCUUGACAAAGAAGUCUAUGGAAAAUGUUGUACUGAUAUUUUGUCCUGUGAAUAAAGCACAGAAUCCUGCUGUUACGGGUACUUUAGUGGCACUAGUUUCCUUGUUCAGCUUGUGAUCCCUUCAUGUAAAUAAAGUGGCUUCCACCA